CUUGAUUUCGUUGCUCAUCGUCACCGCUAUCCUCAAGACCAAUGGCCACAGCAACCAAGAAAAAGACCGGCGGCAAGACUCGAUCGGCCCUCCAGGACGUCGUCACCCGGGAGUACACCAUCCACCUCCACAAGCGCGUACACGGCCGAUCCUUCAAAAAGCGCGCUCCAUGGGCCGUCAAGUCUAUUAUUGAAUUCUCCCAAAAGCACAUGGGCACCUCCGACGUCCGCCUCGACCCCAAACUCAACCAGGCCGUCUGGUCCCAGGGCAUCAAGUCCGUACCUCACCGACUCCGACUGCGACUUGAGAGGAAACGAAAUGACGAUGAGAACGCUAAGGAGAAGCUUUACACCUACGUGAGCCAUGUGCCGGUGACAUCCUUCAAGGGUCUUGAGACCACCGUCAUCGAGGCCGAUGAGUAAACGAUCUCUAUAUUUUUCCUGUACUUCCUAUCGCAUGCCCACUAUGAUUAUGCAAUCGCAGCAUAUGCCCAUGAAAGCCGCAAAA